AUGGAAAGUGAACGUAUGGAUGAUGAGGCUCUGCAUCGCUUCCAAGAUAAAGAGUGUGAAUAUAAGAAGCACAACGUGAUUGAUGAAUUUCGUUGUUCGAGCGAGGAGCAUAAUGAGGCUCUGCUGAAACAGGAGGAUGUCUGGCAGCAGGAAAUCGAGGACUCCCUGACAUUCUGCAGGUGGUUCUCUCACCCCUCUCGACCUAAGCUCAUCGACUUCCUGCGUAUCACCGCCCCCGAGGAUGAUAUCAGCAGGACGCCCACUCCCGUGUUCCCAGAGCUUAGGUGUUCUUCAGAGACAUCCAGUCCAGUAGAAGAACGGACUCCUGGGCGUCUCCAUGCAGUAUGGCCUCCACCAAAAGAGGAGAUAGUUGGUCUGAAGUACACCGAGGCAGAGCACCAGGCUGCACUUCUGCAGCUGAAACGCGAAUGCAAAGAAGAUGUGGAGAAGUUACAGGAGGACUUUGGUCAGGAACUCUCAAAACUAAGAGCAGAAAAUGAGGCCACGGUGUCCCGACUGAAGCUCACCCUGGCUGAACUGCAGUCCAAGCUCUCUAAACUUGGCAGCCUCAGACGUGGCGAGCUCAGAGACGCAGCGGUGUCCACACAAGAUGACAAAUUUCCACACAAAGCAUUCCGCACUGUCUGCAUCCAGACUGACAGAGAGACCUUCAUCAGGAGUGAUGACGACAACCAGAGGAGAGACUGUAGCCCAACUCAGCAGCAGAGGGUGACUCCUAAAAAACUAGACUUGGCUUCCAUCAGUUUAAGCCUGGCAGCUCCACCUUUGCCAAGUUCAUCACAAACGCUGACCAACAAACAAACAUACAAAGUAUCACCACCUCCUCCACCACCACCUCCACCUGCUCCGUUUAUAUCAACUGCCGGUCCCCCACCACCUCCACCCCCACCAUUCAUGUCACAUUCAACAUCCCUGACUCCUAGAAAACCUGUGGUGGAGCCUUCGUGUCCCAUGAAGCCUCUGUACUGGACUAGAAUUCAGAUUGAGGACAACAAGAACAACACAGUGUGGAAUGUUUUGAAAGAACCACAUAUCAUGAACACAGUUGAGUUUGAGGAUCUGUUUGCAAAAACCACCACAAGACUCAAAAGAAAACCACUGGUGGAGAAUUAUAAGAAAACAAAAGCCAAGAAGAUCAUUAAGCUGCUGGACGGUAAGCGCUCUCAGGCUGUGGGCAUCCUCAUGUCAAGCCUCCACCUUGAGAUGAAAGACAUCCGACAAGCUAUUCUGACUGCGGAUAACUCCGUGGUGGACCUUGAGACUAUUGAGGCACUGUAUGAAAAUAGAGCCCAGCCAGACGAACUGGAGAAGAUCAAGACACAUUACGAGGCAUCCAAGGAAGAAGAGUUAAAACUCUUGGACAAACCUGAACUGUUCCUGUAUGAGCUCUCACAGAUUUCAGACUUUGCAGGGCGAGCUCGCUGCAUCAUUUUCAAGGCAGCCUUCAAUGAUGGGAUGGCAUCCAUUCAACAUAAACUUCACAUUAUGUCGUCUGUGUGUGAGGCUCUGUUGGAAAAAGGUGGUGUGAAGGAAGUACUGGGACUGAUCUUGGCUUUGGGCAAUCACAUGAAUGGAGGCAACAGGCUCAGAGGCCAAGCUGAUGGCUUCAGUCUAGAGAUCCUUCCGAAACUCAAAGACGUUAAGAGCAGGGACAAUCGCAUCAGCCUGGUGGACUACGUGGUAUCAUAUUACCUUCACAAUGUUGACAAGAAUGCCGGAACAGACAAGAGUACUUUCCCCCUCCCUGAACCUCAGGAUGUCUUCUUGGCAGCACAGCUCAAUUUUGAGGACCUCAAUGCACAGAUCAAAAAGCUUGGCAAAGAUCUCGCAGGAUGUGAAAAAGAUGUGCAGAAGGUCUGCACGGAAACCCCUGAAGAACAUCUGCAGCCAUUUAAAGACAGAAUGGAGACAUUUGUUCUCAGUGCACGCAAGGAACAUAUUGGAGCAUCCUCUCAGUUGAUUACAGUACAAAAAAGUUUCCAGGACUUGUGUGUAUACUUUGGACUUAAACCAAAAGCGGGAGAAAAGGAGAUGACGUCAAGUCAUUUCUUCAUGCUGUGGUUUGAGUUUUGUGCAGACUUCAACACCAGGUGGAAGAGGGAGAAUCGGAACUUCACUAAAGAAAGGUUAAAAGAGGCCCAGCAGUCAGUGAAACAGAUCACAGCAGAGAAGAAAGUGGAGACCAGGAAGAUAAACCCUAACAGUCUUAAAGAACGUCUGCGGCAGAAAGAAGCUAAUAAGACCCCAAUUUACAGUUUUCAAAAAUAA